AUGAAAUUGAACAUCUCCUACCCCCUGAACGGGACGCAAAAGUGCAUCGAAAUCGACGAUGAACACAAGUUGAGAGUGUUCUACGAAAAGCGCAUGGGCCAAGAAGUCGAAGGUGACGCCGUCUCCGACGAAUUCAAGGGGUACAUCUUCAAGAUCACCGGUGGUAACGACAAGCAAGGUUUCCCCAUGAAGCAAGGUGUUUUGCACCCCACCAGAGUCAAGCUCUUGUUGCUGAAGGGCCACUCGUGCUACAGACCCAGAAGAACUGGUGAAAGAAAGAGAAAGUCCGUCAGAGGUUGCAUCGUCGGCCAAGACUUGGCUGUCCUCUCGUUGGCCAUCGUCAAGCAAGGUGACGCCGACAUCGAAGGUUUGACCGACACCACCGUCCCCAAGAGAUUGGGCCCCAAGAGAGCCAACAACAUCAGAAAGUUCUUCGGUUUGACCAAGGAAGAUGACGUGAGACAAUUCGUCGUCAGACGUGAAGUCACCGGCAAGAACGGCCGCACCUACACCAAGGCUCCCAAGAUCCAAAGAUUGAUCACCCCUCAAACUUUGCAAAGAAAGAGAACCUUGAAGGCCAAGAAGAUCAAGAACGCUCAACGCCAAAGAGACGCCGCCAACGAAUACGCCGCUUUGUUGGCCAAGAGAUUGCAAGAAAGAAACGACCAAAAGGCCGAGAUCAAGAAGAAGAGAGCCGCCUCGUUGAGAGCUGCCUCGCAAUAA